CUACCGGCGGCCCCGCGCGGCGCGGCGCUGUUGGCUGCGCGCGGCGCCGGUAGGAGCGCGCGGGAGCCGCCACAGCGGGGCCGGGGCCGGGAGCGGGAGCGGAGGCAGGAGCGGGAGCGGGGCCGCGCCGCGCCGCCCGCCGCCACGUGCUGCCCGCGCCAUGGAGCUGGAGGAGCUGGGCAUCCGGGAGGAGUGCGGCGUGUUCGGCUGCAUCGCCUCCGGCGUGUGGCCCACCGAGCUGGACGUGCCCCAUGUGAUCACGCUGGGGCUGGUGGGGCUGCAGCACAGAGGCCAGGAGAGUGCUGGAAUUGUGACAAGUGAUGGCGAAUCAUCCCAGGCAUUCAAAGUGCACAAGGGAAUGGGACUUAUAAAUCACGUUUUCAAUGCAGACAGCCUGAAGAAGCUUUACGUUUCAAACCUCGGUAUUGGGCACACAAGGUACUCCACCUCGGGAAUUUCCGAGCUGCAGAACUGCCAGCCCUUUGUCGUAGAGACUCUUCAUGGGAAGAUCGCUGUGGCACACAAUGGGGAGCUUACAAAUGCUGUACAACUCAGGAGGAAGCUUAUGCGGCAUGGUGUAGGACUGUCAACCAGUUCUGACAGUGAACUGAUCACCCAGCUGCUGGCUUUCACACCUCCUCUAGAAAAUGAUGAUACAGCCGACUGGGUAGCAAGAAUAAAAAAUUUAAUGAAUGAAACUCCAACUUCAUAUUCAUUGCUAAUUAUGCAUAAAGACAUAAUCUAUGCAGUACGAGAUCCAUAUGGGAAUCGCCCACUCUGCAUUGGUCGCCUUGUUCCAGUAGGGGACAUGAAUGGAAAAGGGAAAGAUAACAGUGAAACAGAAGGUUGGGUAGUCUCAUCUGAAUCCUGCAGCUUUUUGUCUAUUGGCGCAGAGUACUAUCGUGAGGUCCUUCCAGGAGAGAUUGUGAAAAUAUCCAGGUAUGAUGUUCAGACACUGGAUAUUGUCCCAAGACCUGAAGGAGAUCCGUCAGCAUUCUGCAUCUUUGAAUAUGUUUAUUUUGCAAGACCAGAUAGUAUUUUUGAAGGUCAGAUGGUGUAUUCGGUCAGGAGACGAUGCGGGCAGCAGCUUGCUAUUGAAGCACCUGUGGAAGCAGACCUGGUCAGCACUGUUCCAGAGUCUGCAACCCCAGCCGCUCUGGGUUAUGCUGAAAAGUGUGGACUGCCCUAUGUUGAAGUGCUCUGUAAAAAUCGAUAUGUGGGAAGAACAUUUAUCCAGCCAAAUAUGAGGUUACGGCAGCUUGGUGUUGCAAAGAAGUUUGGUGUUCUGUCUGAUAAUUUUAAAGGCAAGCGCGUUGUUAUCAUUGAUGAUUCAAUUGUGAGGGGCAAUACCAUUUCACCCAUAAUAAAACUACUGAGAGAAUCGGGAGCAAAAGAGGUGCACAUCCGUGUGGCUUCACCUCCCAUAAGAUUUCCUUGUUACAUGGGAAUAAACAUUCCAACUAAGGAAGAGCUCAUUGCCAACAGACCUGAAUUUCAUGAUCUUGCAAACUAUAUAGGAGCAGACAGCGUUGUCUAUCUUUCUGUGGAAGGGCUGGUAUCAUCUGUGCAAGAAAGCAUCAAGGCAAGACAAGAGAGUGAGAACAGGCUUAAAACCCAGAAAUCACGUGCUGGAAAGAUUGGUCAUUGCAUAGCGUGUCUCACUGGAGAGUAUCCUGUAGAGCUGGAAUGGUAAAUUUCCAGUGGGUGGACACCAGUUCAUCUGUUGUUGAAUGUACCUUUUUCAAAGAUGCCUCUUUGCCAAUAGCCUUCUUACAUUUAAGUGGUAUGGAAAGCUUAUUACAGAUAACUAAUUACUGUUACUAAAAUACAUCUUUACUGUAAAGACUUACAGAAAGUCCAAUGUGCUGAUGAAAACAAUGUAAGCAGAUUAAAAUACAAAAUCAUAUAGUUUUGAUGCACAGUUGUGCCUUCUAUUUUCUCAUAAAAUAUUAUAAAAACCAAAGGUUUUUUAAUCAUGUAGCAGUCCCAGAGUUGUUUGUAUCAGUCUUGCCCUGGAAGUGAGAUACCCUUGUUAGACUUGUUCACAAAGCACAAAUCAUCAGUUGUGUGCAAAAGUAUGUAAAGUUUGCUUUUCUCUUUAGGAAAAAUAACAGAUUCUGAAGACUCAGAGGGCUUCCUUAGCAGUUCUUGCUUAAACUUUUUAAGGACAGAAGUGCCUUAAUUUUUGAAUAUAUAGCUAAAUAAACUUUUUUAAAUGAAGCCCUUUUUAAAACUAAUUAUUCAGAUUCUAUGAAUGUCUAGCAUGUAAUUUUAAAAACAGAAGACUCAGGGAAAUGCUCAGCCAAAAACCCUCUUAGUUUUACAGAUUCAAAAUUCUGUUUUUGAAGUCCAGUGUAAUUACGUUAUCUUUGUGUACUUUUAUCAGUUGCCAAUAGAAUGUGGAAGGAGAAAAAUACUUGCCACUGCUAUUUUUUUUCCUCGUAUCUUGUUUUCUCCAGAUAAGUCCAGACAACUUACUGAGUCUGAGCUAAUGCUCAGUGUGGUUUUCAUCUGUCAACAUCCAAAGUAAACUGAAAAAUAAAGUAACUUUUGGCUAAUAGCAAAUACAACGUAUCAACUGAAGAUUACUGUUUUGAGUAUAGUCUUAUUUAGCUACAUUACUGUUGUUAAAUGCAAUGUUUAAAAAAAAAGGUUCUGAAGAACUGUUGAAUAAAUUGUAUUUUUUAAUUGGUCACGAUUACACAGUUACUUGUAUAUGAGACGAGGACUUAGACAAUGAACCACUAGCGGGAAAUGGAAAUGCACCUUUUGAAAACUACCACAAAUGUACGCACAAUUGUAAAGAUAUUUUGUAUACCUCAGUUUUUUCACUGAAUACCAGCAACUUAAUUUUAGAUUUUCUAUUUAAUACUGUGUAUUUUGGCCUUAUAAUUGUUUGUGACACUGUUAACCAAAACCAAAAAAGUUUAUGAGUUUGUUUCCUCCCCAUCACCUUCCACAUACUUGAGUUACAGCACUGGUGAUUAAAUACAAAAGGAAGCUUUCUUGAGUGGGGUUUGUAGCAACUGUGCCUGAUAGACAAUCACAAAACAAAAGCCUCAAUUCAAGAAACUAUGUAAAUACAUUUAAGGAAGUCAAGACAGCCUUGCGCAGGCUCUCUGUGGAACCAGAACCUACUUGCAGUUCAUGGGAGAAUCUAGAUUUUCCUAAGAAUUGAGCUCUUACUGUGUUUUCUUCACCAAAACCCAGACUGGCAACAUCACAAGAUGCACACUGAUCUAAUGUCUAAUUAACAAGUUUGUUUGUUCUAUGAAAGAAUGGUUAGAGUUAACCUGGGCAAUAAUCUGAGCAAAACCAGAACAGGGUGAAGUCACUCUGACCAUCCCCUCCCAGGUUAAUCACAGAGAAGUAGCAGAAAACAGAAAAACUGUCACUGAUAUUUUUUCCUGUUUCUCCUUUCCUGUCCUCAAAAAAACAAUAAUUUUUAAAAGGGAUAAGUCAAGCUUAGGUUACAGCUUAGGUUACAAAUACAUGUCAGGAGCUCUUUCUACCCAAGAUAAAAACUUAGGUGAACAGUUUAACAAGAUUGCAAGCAUAAGUCUUACCGAUUUAUCUGAAAUUUGCUAUAGAACAGGCUAUAAAUUAAACUUGUGCAAAUACUUUUUUAACAUGUCUCCAACAAAACUGGUAUUUUUGAAGUCUGGUAAUAAUCGCUUGAAUGUGAUUUGAGCAUUAAUUCUGAUUUCAGUAAAAUGAGUCUCAAUGCCUUUCUCCCCUUCAUGUGAAUUAUACGGUCUGCUACUGUAAGCACUGUAAUCUCUAGAGACAUUUCAUGCCUAAUCUUUAGUGCCUAUUUUUCAAAACUCUUAAGUUAAAAGGGAGAUACUCUUCAAAUAUCAUUUUACUCACUGACUUCUGGAUUUAUUCUUCAGGUCACCAGGCCUUUUUAAAUCACAUACAACAGACACACACGUAAGGAGUAUGUCAAGGGAGAAAACUACUCUGGUUUUAGGUGUCGCUAUUUGUAUUAUUUUAAUGUUUUACUGUGAAGCUGUUUCUGCUGUAUUACCAAUGUGCCAAAUUAUCAUUUUGUAAAACGUGACAGGACCAUCGAAAGCUGAUGUCUUAACUUCUCCCCUGCAUCACAUUAAAAACGGUUAUGAACUGGU